UUAAGUCGUCCGCCUCCUUAGACUCAUCAGUGCUUCCCUCUUUUUCCCAUCACCAUUUCUCUUUUUCUCUCCGUACCCCCAAUACCAGAGAGAGGAGUAUUUAUUUAUUAUUUUUUCAUCUAUGAUCAUUCUUUCUUGUAACCCUAAUUAACGUACAUGGCAUCAUCAUCAUCAGCAAAAACAACAAAAACACUUACAGAAACACAAGGGAUUGAAAUUAUUUCUAAUGUUGGUAAACAACUCUCACAAAAAUCUCGUCUCAACAAAGAUUCUAUUGUCAAAUUACUCAAAGAAGCCGAGAAAGCUUUUCGCACAUUAAAUCAGUCUGAAUCACUGCAGUCUGCAAUAGAACCCUUAAGUGCUUCUCUUGUUCGUCAUAACCUACUUCAUCAUACAGAUAAAGAUGUUAAGGUUUUGGUGGCCGGCUGCUUCUGUCAAAUCAUGCGGGUCCUGGCACCAGCUCCACCUUACAGCGAUGAAGUAUUAACGGACAUAUUUAAUCUUAUAGUCAGUAUGUUCUCGGAGCUAGCUGAUACAACAAGCCCCUAUUUCUCAAAAAGAGUCGAAAUAUUGGAGACCGUAGCAAGGCUUAAAUGUUGUCUUCUCAUGCUUGACAUUGGCUGCAGCAACCUAGUCGUGGAGAUGUUCACUGUCUUUUUUGCUGCUGUGAGAAAGCAGCAUCAACAGAGCCUGAAGCAGUCUAUGUUGUCUAUAAUGAGUCUUAUCAUAGAGGACCUAGACGAGAGGGUUCCUCAACCUCUGCUAGACGUGAUUUUGCAGAAUCUUCUGAAGGCCGAGGAGGACGCUUCCCGUGCUUCUUAUGAGCUUGCUGUUGAUAUUGUGAGGCAAUGCACUGUAAAGCUCGAGCCCCUCAUCAAUGGAUUUUUGUCAUCUUGCUUCUCGGGGAGCGAUGAAGAAGGGAGUGACCUCAGAGAUUUUUACCAUGAAAUUAUAUUUGAAGUUUACAAGUGCGACAAACAGUUGGUCCUUGCUGUCAUUCCACGCUUGACAGAAGAAUUACUGGCUGAACAAGUGGAUGUCCGGAUUAAAGCUGUCAAAUUACUCGGAAAGCUUUUUGUUGCAUCCAAAGGAGAUAUUGCAUGCGAUUACACACAACUCUUCUCGGAGUUCUUCAGAAGAUUCUCCGACAAGUCUGUGGAAGUUAGGGUUACUGCCUUGCAAUGUGCUACAGCUUGCUACCUGUCCAACCCGGCCAAGUCAGUGAAUGUUCUAGAUAUUGUUAAAGGAAGACUCUUGGAUUUUGAUGAUAAAGUGAGAACACAAGCCGUGAUCACGCUUUGUGAUUUGUUCAAGUCCAAUCUGGAAUGUAUACCUCAAUCAUCUGAACUGAUAUUGAAGGUUACUGAUCGUCUUCGAGACAAGAAGGUGUCUGUUAGGAAAAAUGCCAUGCGGAAGUUGCUGGACCUUUAUCGGAAUUACUGUAUUAAGUGUUCUGAGCGUAUCAAUGAAGAACUGGCUGACCACUUUGAGCAGAUUCCAGGUAGAAUAUUGAUGCUCUGCUAUGAUAAAGAUUGCAAGGAGUUCAGGCCCCAUAUUAUGGAACUUGUGCUUGCUGAUGAUCUUUUCCCACCCACUCUUUCUGUUGAAGAGAAAAUGAAGCAUUGGAUUCAUAUGUUCUCACUUUUCACAGGCGCUCAUACAAAGGCAUUAAAUACCAUUUUGUCUCAGAAAUGGAGGCUUCAGACCGAGAUGCAAUCAUUUUUGGCUUUUCGGAAAAAAGAAAAGGAGACCAGUAUAGAAAAUUUGCAGCAAAGAACCAAAAGCUCAUUCGUGAAGAUGUCAGCAUCAUUUGCUGAUCCUUUGAAAGCUGAAGAGUGUUUUCAAAAGUUGAACCAAAUGAAAGACAACAGCAUCUUUAAGGAUUUGGCUCAGCUGUUGGAUGGGAAGACAAAUUCUCUAACAUCGUGCAACAUUAGAGACACUUUCCUUAAAAGAGUUGGCAACAAGCAUCCACUCUAUGAGUUUUUACGAAUACUCUCUGCGAAAUGCUCGCAUAAUUUAUUUGGUUCAGAACACAUAUUCUGCAUACUAUCAGAUCUUUCCGAGAAACAUGUGGAUAGGAAGAAAAAAAUUGUUACGUCUUCCAUCAAUCUUCUAAUGACCAUUACAAAUGUUUUUCCCUCGCUGCUACAAGGAUCUGAAGAGCUGUUGAGGAAGCUUUUGUUGGAGGAAGAUAAUCCUUUUUGUGAUAAACUGCUUCAGAUCUUGUCAAAAGCAGGUUCUCACAUCUGUAUGCAACUCAGCGACAUCCACACUUUAUUGGAGAGGCUAUGCUUGGAAGGAACUCGUGUGCAGUCAAAAUAUGCUAUUUUGUCAAUUGUUGCACUGGGUGGGGCGUCUGUUCAGAUGGUAUUCUCAGAUUUAUACGAGAAACUUGUUGAUUCUCUUAAACUCGUUGAUUCCCCUCAAGUUAGAGAGAAUGGCCCAAGACUCCCAACAGUUUUACUAUCUCUGGGCUUUAUCGCACAAUAUUCUGUACCAACAUUUGAAUCUCGAGAGGAGGAGAUCACUGCCAUCAUUCACAGUAUAUUUGGCAAAGCUGAUCCAGGAGAUCCUAUUGUUCCAUCUGAUGAGGAAUUUCCCUGCAGCAGUUCUUGCAAACUGAAGAUUUAUGGGCUGAAAACACUAGUGAAGAGCUUUCUACCCCGUCAAGGAACUCAUAUCAGACGUCAUGUGAAUAAGUUGCUGGAUAUUUUGCUGAAGAUGCUGCCUGAGGGUAAAACUUCGGCUGAUUUUUCAAGUGUAAGUGACAAAGCUCACAUCAGAUUAGCUGCUGCGAAGGCCGUUCUCCGCCUUGCUCGCAGAUGGGAUUUGCAUAUUUCACCGCAAAUCUUUAGCAUGACAAUUCUCAAGGCUAGGGACCCUUCAUCUCCUGUCCGCAGAUCGUUUCUUGAUAAAGUACACAAACUGUUGAAGGAACGAGCUGUCCCAAUCAGAUAUGCUUGUGCUUUUGCUUUAGGUGCCUCAGAUUGCUCCAAAGAUGUGCAAGCUGAUGCCUUGAAAUAUCUGGAAGAAUUCAUUAAAGAUUACGGUAAAGAUGCUAGGGUCCACCAAGGAAAUGAGGAUUUAGGAGGAAGCCUAACAGGUUACCCAGAAUACAUAUUGGUGUUCUUGAUCCCUGUCCUUGCUCAUGAUCUAGGUUUUUCUUCAGAAAAUUGUCAAGAUGAAGAAACAUAUGCUCAGUUCUGCAGUCCACUGGUGGUUACUAUGCGAGCAUUGGUAAAUGCCACUUUUGUUGAUAGUAGUAAGAAUGUUGUGUACAACAAUUUGUCAUAUUUGCCAAGUAUUUUUCUUGCUAUUAAGAAGGCUGGAGAUGCUGUUGAUGCUCGUACGACUCAUAAGCUGCACAUACUAGCAGAAAUCGGUAUUCUCAUUUUGAAAGAGCUGAGUGCUGAUUGCACGCUUUUGUCUCAUACUCUUAGUCAGAUCAAACUACCAUCGUCCUUCUAUAGUAGACUUGAUCCGAAACAUGAUGAGGAUAAUCUAAAUCUUUUGACUGGGUUUCCGUUGGAUAAAAGAUUCAUUAAACGAAUUCUUCAUGCAUCUGAACCCGAAAUUGUUCAGCCACCUAGCCCUCCAGUGAAAUGUGGCAGAAAACUUCAAAAUGAUACUAUUCAGGUAGUUGGUGUAAAGCACAGUACGAACUUGCCAACAAGCAACCACAUGGAAUUUCAGAAAAGCAGGUCAAAAAAAGAAGACACCAAAAAAUCAUCUGAGGAGCAAGUAGAACCUCAUGUGAGGCAGCAAGUAAGUGGUACAGAUAAAGAUAAAGUGGUAGCAUCUCGCGCGGCUUCUAGAUCAUUCGGAGCUCACCUUGUAGUUUCUGAUGCUGAUAACCACAUGAAAAGAGUAUCUGAAUCUGCUGAUCAAAACCUGGGACUAUAUGAACUUUCGUCAUCUUGUGGAUCUGUCAUCACAAGGCCUCCAAUGUCUGAGUCACAAGUUUCAGACCCAGAUAUGCAAUUAGCGGAUUGCACUCCUACAGAAGACCUUGGUAGGCAAAAGACAAAGACUGAUAGUGUUGUUAAUCGCAGAUCCAAGAAUGCGCAAAAAGCUGGUAAUACAAAUGAGAUGUUGAUUGGGAAGCAGGUCAAAGUGUGGUCCUCAGUUGAUAAUCGUUUCUGUUCAGGUACUGUCGAUGAAUUCAAUUCUCAAGACAGUUCUCACAAGAUUACCUCUGAUUCUGGGGAUGUUGAAGUGUUAAACUUGGCAAGUGAGAAUUGGGAGUUCAUAGACAGUCCCUCCUCACCGAAGGAGGAGGGAAACAAGGUGGACUUGAAGCUCCGGAAAUGUCAAGAUCUAUGUCAACAGAAAGAGUCUUCAUAUUGUGAUGCUGGUGUUAAUGCUGGAGAUAAACCUGUAAAGCGACAAAAGAAUACAUCAAAUAAGAGGAAGGGUUCUGUUAUUACUGGAGCAACCAAAGAGAAGGUGCAAGGACAGAAACCGGAUUCUGGAGCAUCUGAAGUCAUUGAUGUGGAGGAGGAUGUUGUUGCUCGAAGAACUCGGAGUCGAAAAGCUUAAGCCUUGAUUUGGUUCCAACUGGUGUUGCUCAAAUAGUAUCAAUCUUUGUAAAUAGUCUUCAAGAUGUCACCUUUUGUUGGAUAGUGCUGGCUGAAUUAGUUGGUUUAACUGUAUAUAUAUACACACACCUGUAAACUGCAUCUUUUCGCCUCAUGUUGGUAUCCGAGUUGUUAAUAUUUUGAACAUGUUAAAAGUAAUUCCUGUUGGGAUUAUAGCGGCAGAUUCAGUAGCGAAAAUGUCUAUUUUCUUUCA